UUCCAGUUGAGGCUGUAUGGUUUUGAUCGUUAACGGUGUUGUACAUAUAGCUAGUGAGAGACUGAAACCUGUUGGGAACAGAAAAAAAAAUCAACACACAAAUUAUUUGUAUCGUGUUCACGGCGUGUAUUUUCGCUUCGUUCGAAUAUAUAUCUAGUCGUGUGUAAGUGUCUAUCAUAUUCACACUGUGUUCGAUUCGAAGAGAUUGCGAUAAAAGAUAUAAAUCAUGGGCGAGAACAAGCAAACACGUUUAUGUCAUAUAGUUAAACGUGACGAUUUUGAUGGUUACGGUUUCAAUUUGCAUGCAGAAAAAGGUAAACCCGGCCAAUAUAUUGGUAAAGUGGACGAUCAAUCGCCAGCUGAAGUGGCCGGACUGAAACAGGGUGAUCGUAUCAUUGAAGUAAAUGGCGUUAAUAUUGGAAAUGAAACACAUAAGCAAGUGGUGCAGCGCAUAAAAGCGAUUUCAGACGAAGUGCAAUUGCUUGUCAUUGAUCCAACAAUUGCGUUCAUUCCAAAUAAUAAUGAAGUUGUCGAUGGUAAUAAGGCUAAUAAUAGCGUGACAAGCACAACAACACCAUCGUCCGAUCACAUCGAUGCAAAUGACACAACUGACGCAGUAACAGCAACUACAAACGGCAAAAAUGGUCAAUCACCAAAUUCAAAUAAAUCGAAUGAUUCGCAUGCACACAAUCCCACAAUGAACACAUCAUUAUCGAUGACAACAACAACAACAGCAGCGGUAACAACAACAACAACCACAACGGCCACAGCAACAACAAAAGGUGCCAACAGUGAAGGACUUAACUUAACAAUGACUGCAGCUGAACUGCGCGCAAAACUAGCCGCCAAAAAGAAAUACGAUCCAAAAAGUGACACCGUUGACCUACGGAAGAAAUACGAAAUCGUACAAAAACUCUGAUCAUAAUAAAGAAGAAGAUACACCCCGAAACAACAUUCCAUGUAGACCAAGAGCAGACAAAAGUAUAACGCCUACGGUAAAUUUACGUAGCGGCCAUCACCAUUGGAUUUAAAAUGUUAAAAGCAAACAACAAAUCAAAAUUAAUUUUAUGCAUGCAAAAUAGGUUGCAGCUAUCUUCUUUUUUUUCAUCUUAUUUUAAAAUUCUGCAAGCGUCGCAAAGCGCACAAUAGCGACUGGGAAUGAUAUAGUUUUUUUUUGUUUUAAUUCGUCAGCAAAAUAAUAAAAAAUCAGCGACAAAAAAAAAAGUUGAAAAAAAAUAUAUAAG